UUUAAAGGCGUAGAUUAUUUUGUUAAAAUUUAAUAUUUCCGUAUUUCCUCAUCCGUAAACUUAAUCUUUAUCCUGUCAUCAUCUAAUAAUGGAAGGCACAUACGAGUACGAGUUGGAACGGGCAGAAUUGCUCGGUGUUAAUCCACCGGAAAGAGCACAAUGGGAAGAACAAAUGAAAGCUCGAAAAGAAGCCGAAAUAGAACAGGAACAUAAUGAGGUUGCACAAGUUUUGGAAGGUGAAGGUGAACAGGCAAAAAGAACUCAAGGCAAAAUGGAUGAACUUAACAGCAUAUUGUCAGCAACUCAAGUGAAAAUAAACAAAUUUAAGAGUGUUUGUGGAAGCUUCACGAAUCUUCUCAGAAGCCGAACAUCCAGCCCUGCACCACCUGAAAAUCGCCAAGCUCAAGACCAGCCAGCACCAAAUGGCGACGCACCUUCAACCUCAAUCAAUGAUGCAUUAGACAACCUCGAUAAAAUGAAGGAAGUAAACAAUCAGUCGGAUUAUGAAUUUGCCAAGAAUCAAACAAUUGACAUUGCAUCGAAAGUCAGCAAAAACAUGGAUGCACUCGACUCAUUGAUAGCAAGAAGUGAACAAGCUGAGAUGUCAAUGCAGAAUCAAAAUAAGCAAAUGAAAAAGUUCUUACGUUAAACUAUCGCUCAAGCUACUUUCACCAAAUCUGUCUCUUCUGAGCUUCCAUUUUUACUUCAACUGCUCUAUUCUUAAUGCUAAAUGGGGGUUGUUCAUAUGUGAUGUUAGAUGUGUUCUGGGUUGGAAGUGUUUAAAGCUGUAAAGUAUUUUUUGCACGGCAAGAUUUUGCAAGAUUUUUCGUGAAAGAUUUGAAGUACAGUAAGAAAGAUUUUGAUUUAGCAAGGAAUUUGGUAUUGAGAACUUGACAUUAUAAAUAGCAUCUAGGCAUCAGCGUCUAGUAUGAACGAUUACAAAUUUUUCUUAGACCAGAUUUGACUCUGACUGCCAAAAACUCUUGCUUGAAGCUUUAAGAGAUAAGUUCUUGGAAAGAUUUCUUUGACGUUAUUUGUGAACAGCCCCCAUAUGUGAAAAACACUAUGAAUCCGUCUUGUGAAGGAUGUUUUUUGGAAUCUUAAUGUUGAUAACAUUGUAGUUUAUAGACGUUCGUAUUUUAUUCUAUUCUGUUAAGAUUUCUCUCGUAACUUAUUGUCAGGCAAUCAACAGAUCUAUCUACAAUCGAAAAACUUAAAAGGCUAAGUGAAUAGCAAUAUACCAUUUAUAAAUUUUUAAAGCUUGUACAAUUUCUGUUGGUUGCAAUACCUUUAAAAUUAUUAUAUAUUAAAAAAGCUACUUAUGAUAUUUAUAGCCUGUAUACAUAUUCUAAUAACUACUAUAUACAUAAAGGAUAACGAAAUCAAAAAUCAAUAAAAUUUUAAUUUUUUUG